GUGGUGUCAUCCGAUCAAAGAUGCGACGCAGGUUAGUUGUGCGUUUUGUCGUGCUUGGAGUGAUUCCGCUGGUCUUGCAUUCGCUUUAUUUAUCUUAACUUUCCAUUCAAACAUCAACAAACCAGGAAGUUUAACUUGAGGUAGUAGGUUGCCGAUUUGACUGCGUAGUUCCACAGGCUUUGUAAUCAUGAGUUCUACAAAGCCGUCGACGCUAGGAGAGUUGCAAUUGUUCAAAGUGUUGCAGCGAGCGAACCUGUUAUCCUAUUACGAAACAUUUAUUUCACAAGGUGGCGAUGAUGUGCAGCAACUUUGUGAAGCUGGAGAAGAAGAAUUUCUUGAAAUUAUGGCAUUGGUUGGAAUGGCUUGCAAACCAUUGCAUGUUAGAAGAUUACAAAAAGCACUUCAAGAAUGGGUUACUCGGCCUGCUAUAUUCCGAGGAACAAGUAUCAAUUAUCUUCCUGCUCAAAGUAUUCCAUUAACAUCACUUGGAAUCGAUGCUAGAGAUCUUGCAGGAAUGUCAAUUACAAUUCCUAAUAAAGCCACCUCUCCCGGUUUUGCAAGAGAAACUAACGGUGCUCUCCCGGGACAAGAUGAACUUUCAAACAGACCACUGAGCGUUGGUGGAUCUGCCAUGACGUCACCUAAAUCAAUGAAUGGAUUCGGAAACGUGUUUAGAAUAGACAACAAUUCAAGGAAAGUUAAUGGCACAGGAGAUAUUGAUGAUGCAGAGAUGAGUGAUGCAGGCACUUUGUCAACCAUACUGAAUCAUGCUGUGCAUAAAUAUAUUAAAUCUGCCACAAUUUCUUCAUCGGAAAAGAAAGAUCUUUUAUCACAAUUAAAGGAGGAUAGAAGUUGUCGAGAUUUAGCGCAUGCUAUUGAAAACCAUAAUAAACCUAGAAUGGAAGUAUUAAUCAGGGAAUACAUAAAGGGUACAAGGACGUCAGAUAAUAUGUCUGAACAUGAGAUUCUCGUAACUGAUGCCGCAGUCAAACUAUGUCUAGCAGAUAACAGAUUUUUAAUAAAGAAAAAUGAGUUGAUGGCAAUAGCUGAAAAAGUGGCAGUGGAAGUUGAAAAAAAAGCACCAAGACGACGAUCGUCAACACAUCUGCAUGGUAGCUGUAGUCAGUCUAGAAUACAAGAAGUCAACGACCGUCUUCAAAACAUCAAAUCACAAAGAUCAAAUUUGCAUAAAACAAUAUCAGAUGCACAAAAUAAUAAAAAUGUCAUCAAGGAAAAUGAUUGUCAGAAUAUACUAGCAAAACUUGCAAAAGAAGAAAUACUUUUAUUACAAGAAAAAAACGAACUAUCGGAGAAAUUGCAAAAUGAAAACAGAGAACGAUCUUCAUCUUCGGUACAAAUGGAAUCAACUACGUUUUCAUCAGAAUUGGCAGAUCUUGCUAAAGCUCACAAUAUAUCUUUUGGUAAUCUCCAAUCUUUACCAAACUCUUCUACACAAUGGUCACGACCAAAUUCAUCAAGCGAUUCAUCUUCUCAAAACAGUGUGAAUGGUGACAAAAACUACGACGUCACAGGAAUUGAAAAGCCGACACCUAGCCAGUCAUCUGGUCUAUCACCUCCACGAAUUGUUUCAAUCGAUUUUAAAGGAUCAACUAGUGAAUCAGAACGGCGACCACCAGAAUUAAUUCGAAUAAAAACUGAGACUGAAAGUGAAAACGAAUUUGAAGGAUUAUCAACUAAAAGCAAUGUAUCAUCACGAACAAACAAGCGAAAACAUACUGCAGAAGCUUCAAAUGGCAGCAGUGUUAGUAAAAAAUCGACCAGUUCUACAAUAACUGUUGCAAAUUUGAGUGAAUAGCACGGUUGAAGCGUGGAGAAACUUUAUAACAUUUCUAAAGAUGCCUGUGCUCAAUUUUCUUUAUCUAAUCAAUAUUUUGGAUUUGAUAAGUAGCUUACUUUGUGUAAAUGUAAUAUUUUGUUAAAUUCUUAUUUUUCCACCUCAUUUUUUUUUCCACUCAUUUAUGUAUGCAUUGUGUUUUUGUUGCUUCUUGGUAUGACAAAAGACUUGCGCUGGACGUAUUCUUGCUUUAACCGUCAUCACCACGUUUUGUAACGUAUUGCUUUAUUAUGUUCAUGUUGACUCUCACGGCAGACGAGUGUUGCAUCUUCAAUUUGGACACUAAUCUAGUUCUAUAUAUCCCAUUUUUUGCACCUUAUUGCUUUAGUCAAAAAAUUUGAUCUUAUUGCCAUUGUCUCUCUAAAAUACAUUGAUUCAGUUAAAUUAAUAUUGAGUUAAUAUCAGAAGUAAAAAAGGAUACGGUAAUCUUUCCAGAUUCUUUGACAAUGAUUGAUCGUGAUGGUAGACCAGCCACCGGGUUUGGUAAACUACACUGAUGUGAGAAAUCCAGCAACAUUUGUUUUUCACAUUAUUUUUUUUCUUGGUUUUCGUAUUUUGAAAUCAGAUUUGGUAAUUAGCAGUGCUAAUUAUGACGAUCGUAGUUAUGUUGCUUAGUCCAAUGAGUAAAACUUUUUGCAAAAUCUUGUUUAUUAUCAUUUCUAAAUUAUACUUUUUAGAUUUUUCUCAAGUAGUUGUUUUGUCCAGUGGGAUUUUAAAUAAGUUUCUGGCUUGUGUCUGGUGCUUUUUGGCUGGAGAAAAAGGGCAAAGAGAUGCAAACUACAAUUCUGACGCUUAAUAUAUAUUAGUAGAGAUGGGCAAUUCAGAAUAAUUUACUAUUCUGGAAUGCUUAAAUCGGAUCCAGUAUUCCGAAUCCCAUUCAGUUUUUAUGGUUAUACAUCAAUAGGAAUUCUACCACCCUAUUUAUUACUAGAUUAAAAUUUUCAAGAAGCAAAAUUGUAAAUGUUUUAGUGAUUUUGUAGUUAAUUGAAAUGCGUGUAUUGGAUUUUAUUUGAUAUCAAACAAUAGUUACCCAGGGUGAUAUUUAAUAUUUUUUACAAUAUUCUAUUUUUUCACCUAAAUUUCAAAUAAAUUAUGUAAUCCC